UCCGUGAGAGCAUGCAGAGAAGCAAGCAAUCAAGAAGCACUACUUCAUCACAGAGAGCAACAACGUGUGUGUGUGACAGAACCAAGUUUAUUUGGCUACGUUCGGCUAUCAUCAGAAACAGCAGCAGCGGGAGCGCUAGAGCUAGCAGAAGAAGAGGAAUAACAACAAUACAAAGAGUUUGAUUUAUUCGAGGCCUCGUUCGUUCGGGAAGAGUGAAAUCCAGUGGUGUAGUGUCCAAGGAGGUUACCCUUCGACCGGUUGGGUGGUGAUUUUUGUUCCAAGUGGUGAUUACUGAGUCAAGGUGUAUUGGGGCAGGAUUAGCUUGGUUUUCAAGUGCAGUCCCAGUGGAUACAACCCUGGUGGGAGAUUUUUUUUCGUUCGCUGGUGGUGGAAAAGCGCCGCUACCGGCCAACAGAGGUACUAAUCCAGCGAGAAAUGGCGACAACUGCAAAAUCGAACCCAGUAUCAGUGGUAUUGAUUAGAGUGAGCAAUUUUCGGCCCGUGCUAUAGACACAUUGGUGCAAAAUUUGUGUGUGUGUGAAUUCGAGCGAUUGAAAGUGGUUUUGGAAAAGAGUCAAAAUGUCGGCAAAGAACGUUGAAAAUGCGGAGGAAAAGAAAUUUUCGCUCGCGAAGCAAAAUGACGUCGGUCUUGUGCAGUGUACGGUCGCAGCGGAGACUGCUGCUGUUGGUGGUAAUGAAAUGGCAGCGCUCGCUGUGGCGCCCGAACGAACUAACGCUUCGGAAUACCGAACGACGCUAGCGCCAUUGGUUCCGAUUUCGGUCACAGCAACGACGAUGAUGGUAGAUGAGAACGAUUCGGCAAGUGGGAAUAAACUCGACAUCGCUCUUGCUGUUUCUUCCACUGUCGGUGGUGGGUUGGUCAUGUCCCCCGGCAGUGGAGGGGGAGAAAGAGCGGAUGCUUCUCCUAGCGAGAAACAAGGUAGCGAUGGCAGCGACAAAAACAACAGCAAACGUAAAACGCGACGCGGUAAGACCAAGCGCGGCAAACGGUCGUCCAGUUCGCGGCCCUACUCCAAGUCCCAAUGGAAGUUCCAUGUGCCCCUCCUACGGACGGCGGCCAACAAACGUCGUGCCAAGGUGUCGCUAGGAUCCGCUGGAAGUGGUAUCAUCUCAACGAAGGAUCCGUUCCUUCUGUCCGAUCAACCACCGCUAGUGCCAUACAACACCAAUCGCUUCCUGAUGGAAGACCACAUGCCACAAGUCCUAACACCCUCAGGUAGAACCCGUGAUUCAAGUUUUUCUAUAGAUUCAGAAGAAAAUUAUUUCUACUCACUACCAGAGGACGAAGAGGAAUUCCUCACCAAGGAGUUCUCCAGCGUGUACGAAGACGCUCGUUCGGAACGGUUGGAAGGGCUCAGCAAGAGCCAGCUGCUACAGGAAUACCUACAGCUGGAGGCCAACUAUGAGCAAGUCACGCGGCGCUACAACGCCGUCAAAUCGCUAUCCAUUAAGGAGGAAAACGAAAGUGCUGUGAAUAAUGCAACGACGACGACCAAAGAUGCAACCGAGGGGGGUACGACGGUGCCGGCGCCGGUCGCGGCAGAUCGAAGACGACUGGAAGAUAGGAUUCGGGAGCUCACCGCUGAGAAUCUCGAGCUCCGCAGGCAGUUGGAGCAUGCUUCCCGCAUCGGCAUGGUCCUGUCGGCCAAAUCAUCGCCUCGGAACUACGGCUCUAACGUCUUGGUCGAGCAGAUGGACAGUUCGUCCUGCCACGGAUCGAGCAGUGAGGACAGCGAAUCGGAUAGUUCGUCCUCGACGAGUUCAAGCAGUAGUGACAAUGGUGAGAACAACAACGACAACGACGGUAGUAGCUCCAGCAGCAUGAGCGACGACGAUGACGAAGUUGCACAGCUGGUCGGCGACGACGAUAGGGAACCUCUGGUCGCGAUGGACGAGGUACCCGUUCCGAUGGAAGCAAACGGUUACCACCAUCAUCGCCGUCGAGCUGAGCACCAGAAUGGGUUGUUUGCUGACGACGAAGAGGAGCUGAGCGGCGAGGACGGCCAGGUGUCCCCGCUGAGCGCUCAAAGCAUCAAUUCUCCGCCUCCUCCGCCGUUGGUGAUGAACUGAACUGCUCAACAAAAAAUUGCGGGUUGUUCGAUAUGUUUUGAUUUGAGGAAGAUUUGUUUUUCUUAUUUUCAAUUUUUCGUAUAAGGUUUAGAACGAACCAUGAUAGUCAUCCUAGGUAAGGUUAAGUUACAUUUCUCAAUAUUUGAGAACACUUUUUCCUACUUUUUUUUUGCUUAAUGUUAAUGAUUCUCAACCUAUAAUUUUACAUUUAAUAUAUGUUGCAUCAUCGACCAGGAAAAUGUUUGAAUUGAUACAAAAAAAAAAAUCGCAAAAUAAAACUUUAAUCCACAAAAAGUGAACCCUUUUACGUAACUAGAUUUUUGUUCUGUUGAAGCAGCGAAAGCGUCAAAUGCGACAAAGCAAAAAGGAAAAUACACAUGUGAUUUCUUAUUAAUAGAGGAAACCGACAUACAAGUAAUAUUAAAGGUGAAAAUCAAUGAAAAAGAUAACUAUACAUGCAUCAAGUAAGUGAUCAAUAUAUAGGUGGGGACACAUUUUUAAAGCUAAUCAAUAGUAGUAAUAAUAAUAAUAAUAAUAACAACAACAAAAAAGCUGAAAAUCGUUAUGUGAUUAACAGAGACAAAAAGUAAACUUGCAACAAAGAUAAGAAACAAAACACCGUAGGUAAUUCGUAAGCAAAGUGAAGAAAUUAAGAUAUUUAUAUUUUUAGGGUAAACUUUUUAUAUCUCUCGGAAGCAAAACAAACAAAACACAAAACGAAACUUUUUGGACGAAACCGGCGCGAGAUUUACUGUAAUUUUUUUCGGUUUACUUCCGUUUCUGACCGGGAAUUCGGGCAUUUCUUGGAAAAGGCUUUCCCCUACCACCCUCCCUCCCCCAAACUAGUAACGAUCAAGCGCAGAAAGUACCCCCACUUCCUAUGAGUCGACAGGAUAUUUUACGAAUGUUUUAAAUUUGUAAAAUAUGCAUUUCCGGUGGAUGGAAGGACAUUUUACAAAUUGCGAUUGAAGUAAACAAUAAUUGGGUAACGAGAGCGAAUUGAGUCAACGUAAGAGAUGACGUGUGUUUGAUGAUCUACAAAUAUUGCUAUCGGCGAAGAAAUUUGAACGCUUAUUUCCGUUAUACAGACUUACUGUCAGGCAUGCAUUAUUAUUAUUAUACAGCUAUUAUAUAUAUUACUAAUGGAGAAUUCGGAUUAGAAACAGAUUUACCCAACUAUGAAUGAUGAGAAACGCAAAAAAAAAAACAAGUGAAAAGUGCGGUAGAAUGCAAAUUAAGUUAAGUCUA